AUGGCCGGACCAGUGCCUUUCGCGACAGCGCUCGACCAGAUCUACACGGAAGAUGCGCUGCCAGCCCAGACAAAGCGAUGGGAGAACCUCCUGUCCAAGUUCGAGGGCCGCUUCGGACACGCCGCCGACUUCGUUGCGCGGUCGCCUGGCCGAGUGAACAUCAUCGGCGAGCACAUUGACUACUCGCUGUACUCGGUGCUGCCCAUGGCCAUCACGGCCGACGUCAUCAUCGCCGUGUCCACCGACCUGACCCCAAGCAGUGCCGACACCUAUAAGAUCCAGAUUGCGAACGUGCAGGACCAGAAAUUCCCUGCGCACGAAUUCGAUAUUCCGUACAACGCAGUCGAGAUCGACUCGAGCAUACACGAGUGGACAAACUACUUCAAAUCAGGCUUGAGGGGCGCGCUCGAGCUGUUGCGCAAGAAGCAUGGCGCCGACUUCAAGCCCAAGAGCAUGCAGAUUCUGAUGGACGGCACAGUGCCGGCUGGAGGUGGUCUCAGUUCCAGCGCUGCGUUCACGAGCACCAGCGCUCUAGCUGUCAUGAUUGCGAACGGCGAGGAGACGGUGGACAAGACUGAGUUGACUGAGCUAGCUAUUGUUAGUGAGAGAGCCGUGGGUGUCAACUCUGGAGGAAUGGAUCAGUCAGCCUCAGUGUUCUCCGAGCGAGGUUCUGCCCUCUUCGUCUCUUUCACACCGAAGCUCUAUGCCAGGCCAGUCUUCUUCCCCAAGACAAACCCGGAGCUUUGCUUCCUGAUUGCCCAGUCCUUCGUCGUCGCGGACAAGCAAGUCACGGCUCCCGUCCAGUACAAUUUGCGAGUAGUUGAGUGCAGUCUAGCGGCCGCCUACCUGAAUGCCGUCCUCAACCCGCCAGGCACCAUCCUACCAGCUGAUCCUGGCCCGCUGGGAUUCAGUCUUCACGGUUUCCACGAGGUCUACUUCGCCCUUCAGGAGCACCAGGGUGCCAAGGCCCUCGCUAUCCAGGAUCAGCUCAAGGCUCUCCUCGAGCUGACCACAUCCACAUUCACUAAGAAGGAGGGCUACACCCGUGAGGAGAUCGCCGCCGUGCUGGGCAUCUCGACAGACGAGCUGCACGCUCAGUUCACCUCGCGUGUCCCCGUGCGCGCCGAGCGUUUCAAGCUGCAGCAGCGCGCGUACCACGUCUUCGCCGAGGCGCUGCGCGUGCUGCAAUUCAUGGACCUGCUCGAGGACCCGGCGCAGCGGCCCGCGGAGGACGGCACCGACACAACAGAGUACAACAAGAAGCUGGGCGCGCUGCUCAACGAGACGCAGGACUCGUGCUGCGAGCUGUACGAGAACAGCUGCAAGGAGAUUGACACUCUGUGCGAGAUUGCGCGCCGGGUGGGUAGUUACGGUAGCCGCGUGACCGGCGCGGGCUGGGGAGGCUGCAGCGUACAUUUGGUCCCGGCGGAUAAGGUCGAAGCGGUGAGGGAGGCUUGGGAGAAGGAGUACUACUCGAAGCUCGAUCUUACAGAGGAACAGAGGGCUGGUGCAGUGGUCCAGACGUUACCGGGAAGUGGUAGCGCAGUGUAUAGAGGAGGGAAGCUCAGAGUGGCUUAA